GCAUUCCCGCGGUCGUAGGUGACGAGCGCCGGGGCUUUCGUUCAGAUGCGUUUCUCGAUUCUGACGUCGCCGGGCCGGUCGGUCCGGCCGAUCCUCGCAAAUCACCCUUCUCCGACCUUAGCGAAUAUUGAUUUUGCGAGUUUCGAGGUUUCUGGAGCAAGCCCGACGCCCCGGCGACGCAGGCGCCGACGGUGACGCUGGCAGCAUGGCGUAGCCGCUCGCUUGGACCACCGCCUGGGGCUGCCGCGACUUCCGCGUGCGAUCUCCCCUGCCAGGAUGCGAUCCGUUCGGCGGAAAUCGCGAUUCGCUCCGAGCCGAAGACCGAAGUGCCGCCGACAGUGAACACGCUCCCGGCGAGAUGAACGGCCACCAGGGACGCGUCGCCGCCACGUGCUUCUUACUCGUCGCGGCGAUCGCUCUUACGAGCGGUCAGCUAAUGUCAAAGGAGCAUCGAACGCACGCGGCUUCCGAAAGAGCGAAUGACUUGUGGUGCUAUCAGUGCGAUACCAUGGAAGACGGCGACAAAUGCUCCAAUCUAACUAGCAAUACCACCUCCUUCCAGCAUAAGUGCUUGGACGACAAAAGGAUUUGCAUGGUAAAACGUUUCUCCUACACGACCAGCACCGAGAACUCGACCUCCAUGCCGCAAACAUGGUCCUUGGAAAGGAACUGCACGAACAAAUGCGACCCGGGAUGCAUCGUGAUCGGCGAACGCACGAAGCUGUAUGCCUGCACCGCCUGUUGCGAGACGCAUCUAUGCAAUACCGGUACCGGUACUGCCAACGACCUAACGAUCAAAGAAAUCGACCUCCUGCUGGCCCUCACGCUCCAAGUUGUCCUGACCGUUAUCAUGUAUCCAUCGUGACAGUGUUAAUAAAGACUCUAGUUACAAUUUA